GACAAGUGACAAGUAGCGUCCACAUAACCUCAAAACAAUCUCGUUCCGGUUUCGCGUCCGUUAAUUAUAAACAGUUAUUCGUGUGCGAAAUGUCCGCAGAUUUUUACAUCCGCUACUACGUAGGCCACAAAGGAAAAUUCGGGCACGAGUUUCUCGAGUUCGAAUUUCGACCCGAUGGUAAAUUGAGGUACGCUAACAAUUCCAACUACAAGAAUGAUACCAUGAUCCGGAAAGAAGUGUACGUCCAUCAGUGCGUUAUGGAAGAACUGAAGCGCAUUAUCGUGGAUUCGGAAAUCAUGCAAGAAGACGAUUCUCUGUGGCCCCCACCGGAUAGGAUCGGUCGACAGGAAUUGGAAAUCGUGAUCAACGACGAACACAUUUCUUUCACUACCUCGAAGACUGGGUCACUGGUGGACGUGAGCCAGUCCAAGGACCCGGAAGGCCUGCGGUGUUUUUAUUAUUUGGUACAAGAUCUUAAGUGUCUUGUGUUUUCUUUGAUUGGACUACAUUUCAAGAUUAAGCCAAUUUAAGUUAUAAAUAUUUAAUGGCAACAUUUUCUAAGUAAAUAAAAAAAUAAUA